AAAAUGUCCAAGCACUGAAAAAGGCCCACCUUGAGCGAGAGCGGACCGUUGCUACUCGGGUUGCACUGCAGCCAAACAAGUUGAUUGGUGUAAAAUUGCAAAAAGGAAAAAGAAAGAAGAGAAAACCUCUCUCUCUCUCUCUCUCGUUGUGUGGAGUGGAGCCCAUAGCUGCCCCUCUGCUUUGCUGGCUUUGAGCUCUCCCUUGUUGGUUUUUAUGGGAUUGUCUGCUGAGAGUUUCAGUUCGCCCAAUCGGCACUUCGGCUGAUUGAAAACUCAUUUUUCCUUGUUUUUUUCUUCUCUUGUUCAAUCUUCUCCACUGCCUACUCCUUCAUCCACAAGAGGGAGAGAUAAAAAAGAGAGAGCGAGAAAAGAAAACGAAAGGGAGAGGCCUCAUCUAUUUCUAUCUGAUUUGAUGGAUCUACAGAUCUAACGCUCUCGGAAUCACAUGGACUGCUCUCUCUUUUCAGAUCUCCAUCGUCUCCAGCUGUAGAACCCAGUAACUGUCCUGGAACAAGAAAGGAGAAAAGCCUAAUAAUAAGUGGAGGAGAAGGCAGGUGGCUUUCUUUAUCUAGUGGGGUUUGGAUUCGUGUUACAUAUUUCGUAGAUGUGGAGAAAUUGGAGGCUGGUUUGGAUGAGAUGAGGUAUGUUAUCGGGGUUGAUGAACCUUCUGAGGGCCUGUUGGCGGCCAUCGUCGGAUCGUUAUGUCCAUACGGGCUCGGAUGCUGUGGGUCGACAAGAUGGGCUUCUAUGGUAUAAAGACACUGGGCAGCACUUGAAUGGCGAGUUCUCCAUGGCCGUGGUUCAGGCCAACAAUUUGCUUGAGGAUCAAAGUCAGAUUGAGUCGGGCCCUUUGAGCUCACUCGAGUCCGGGCCAUACGGGACUUUUGUCGGUGUAUACGAUGGGCAUGGUGGCCCUGAGACGUCACGCUACAUCAACGAUCACCUCUUUCAUCAUCUAAAGCGGUUCACUUCCGAGCAACAGUCCAUGUCAGUAGAUGUAAUACGAAAGGCAUUUCAGGCAACAGAAGAAGGUUUCCUCUCUGUCGUUACUAAACAGUGGCCAAUGAAACCCCAGAUUGCAGCUGUUGGAUCUUGCUGCCUGGUCGGUGUGAUAUGUGGAGGGACCCUAUAUGUUGCCAACCUUGGAGACUCUCGUGUUGUUCUAGGGAGGCUUGUCAAGGCAACUGGGGAGGUGCUCUCUGUCCAGCUUUCAGCGGAGCACAAUGCGGGCAUAGAGUCUGUGAGACAGGAAUUGCAUUCUUUGCACCCGGAUGACUCACGGAUUGUAGUUUUGAAGCACAAUGUAUGGCGUGUAAAGGGCCUCAUACAGGUUUCUAGAUCUAUUGGCGAUGUGUACUUGAAGAAGGCUGAGUUCAAUAGGGAACCUCUGUAUUCUAAGUUUCGCUUGCGUGAACCCUUCAGGAGACCAAUACUGAGCUCCGAACCAUCAAUUUCAGUGCAUCAAUUGCAGCCACAUGAUCAAUUUCUUAUAUUUGCAUCUGAUGGUCUAUGGGAGCACCUUAGCAAUCAAGAAGCAGUCAAUAUUGUUCAAAAUCAUCCACGCAGUGGAAGUGCUCGGAGGCUUGUGAAAGCUGCACUGCAGGAAGCAGCAAAGAAAAGAGAAAUGAGAUACUCAGACCUGAAGAAGAUAGACCGUGGAGUUCGCCGGCAUUUCCACGACGACAUAACAGUCAUCGUUGUUUUUCUCGACUCAAAUCUUGUGAGCAGGGCAAGUACAGUCAAAGGUCCCACGCUGUCUGUGAGAGGGGGUGGGAUCAACCUACCUGCAAACACUCUUGCCCCUUGUGCCACGCCUGUGGAACUUGGUACCACAUGAUGAAGCCAUCUCUUUUAUUCUCUUUGUUGUACUAAUAUGUGACCCUACUUGAAUCCUCUGUGACUGUCAGGUAGCAUUCAAGAGAGAGAAAGAGAGUAGGAGGCAUUGAAUUCUUUAGUGUACACUAUAACAUUUAACUGUGGGGACAGGUAAAUGAAUUUAGUUUCGGAGCUUCAAAAGAAAAAAAAGGUGGGGAAGGAAAGAAUUUAUUUCCUUGGAACAGAUCCUCCUACUUGUCUUCUUUCGAAUCUGGCUUCUGUAAAUUGUGUGAAACAUCUUCCUUGGCAAUCGAAGUUCAUCUUUUCCUUUUCCCCAUCCCUUGGGCCUGUUUGUUACUGAAAGUCUAUUCUGGUAGAAAUUGAAUUUAUUUUGUUAUAGCUC